AUGCGGGCCGGCGGCAUCUUCGUCCCCAUGCUGGUGGUAAAGGAGGGGCUGUUCCCGCAGGUGCACGGUACCUUCAUCGACCAGGUGCUGCAGGAGCAUCGGGUGGAGCUGCGCCCCACCACCCUCUCGGAGGAGAAGCACCUGACCCAGCUGCAGAAGCGGGCAUGCUCGUCCAAGCUCCGCAGGCUGCUGUCGCUCCGACACCUACCAGAUAUUUACGCCGACGUGCUCAACCUGUUCUACUACACCAGCGUCUGUAAGGCCCUAGAUUCCACUUCCCACGUUGCUGCCAAAAAGACACCUCAGAUGUAGCGCCUGAUGUGUCAAUCAAGACCGAACCAGAGGAUCUUCCUGAAGGAAAAGACACCUUGGGAAAUGUACCUCCCUCCUGCUGUCCUGAGGCGUCUCCACCAGAUUGUAAAAGCAUGCAGGGCCCUGAGGGGGUCUGUGUCAUGGUGAAGCAGGAAGCUGAGCAGAGGGAUAUCGGUGUGCCUUCAGGGAUCUGGGAGAAGGAACAGGAGAUUGUAGAGGAAUCGGAGAACAUGGAGGAACCCAUGCGUUGGACCAUAGUGAAUUCUUUGGCUGGGGGGGAAGAGGAGGUGGCCUGGGAGGUGUGCACCACGGACAGCAAGGAGGGGC